AUUUCUAACAUAUCUUGCGUUAUCACUGAUAAAUUAUAUCACAAAGACAAUAAUUCUACAUACGAUUGGUAUUAUUUUUGUAGGUUAUAAGUUCAACUAUAUACGUCGUUCUCGUUCUUCCAUCGAUAAUAUAUACCACACAAGAGCGUAACUACGAUUGAUAAUUACGUCGUCGGUGUCCGAGCCAUGAGGCAUCAACCAUUCCCACUGGGUUACGGAAAGUUUAAAAAUAGUAGAAUACGUGGUGGUGAACUGCCGCAUAAACUGCCUCAGAUUUCGAUUCUUGGAUUGAGCAAGUUUUAGUACCUUGUAUUUGAAAUAGACUACUAGGCUUCCCAAUUAUGGCUUCGAAAGUUACGCUUUCUCAAGCUCUAGGAACAGAUGGGAGUGAUUACAGUCACAGACAGAAAAUCGCCGCGCAUUACCAAGUCAGUGCAACAAAUAAAUCAAGAUUGAAAUAUUGUAUAUUCUUCCACUAUCUAUUACUUGUUCUCAUGGCUGCCAAGCUGUCCGCAGAUAUAUUAGAUCGUUGUGAUAUUUUCAUCUUAGAAAUAGAGGAGUUGCAGGUACCACAGCCAUUAUGGUGGGAAUACAUAUGGAGCACUAGUUUACUACUAUCUUUCUUUGCUCUCUCAGCGAUUAAAAAAAAUAGUCUUAAAACAUUGCAGAAAUAUAUGAUAAGUAUCGUUGUGCUAGGUUUGGGUCCAUUGAUUUAUGCCAUUGUUUAUUACUUCAAAGAUGUUUGGACAUAUUUAACUAUAGGUAAAUCUGAGGACAUCCUACUGUGGCAGGGUUUACCAUAUGGCGUACUUUGGUACGCCUUUAUUCUUUUAGCUUCGCAAGUUCAUUGUUUCUCUUUGUAUUUCUCCUGGAAUCUACUGGUUGCUUGGAAAACACGAGGUGCGAAGAAAGUGGACUAAAUCUCACAGAUAAUUGUGAUUCUUGAUAAACUGUAACAUAGUUUAUAAAAACUAUGGCUAUUACAGAAUGAACUAUAUUUGUUGUUUAUGAUAAAAAAAAAGAAAGAAAAAAAACAGGGAUAUACAAUUAUUACACAAAAAA